UCUCUCGUGGACGCAUACUACAUUUCAUUAGAGAACUACCAAAGCAUCAAAAUCUACUUCGGAACCAUUUUAAGCUUUCAGCCAUGUUCUCCAAGCUCCUAAUAGGGUUUCUCUUCAUGAGACUUACAGCUUGCAAAAGCGACGUCGAUUUCAUUUACAACGGAUUCCACAGUGCUAACAUGAGCUUGAAUGGCAGUGCAGAGAUCACAUCCGAUGGCCUCUUGCUUCUCAUCAAUUCCCAAUUUCAAAAGGGCCUCGCCUUCUACCCCAUUCCCCUUAACUUCAAACCUUCACAAGGUAAAAUUCAAUCUUUCUCUACCAAUUUCAUCUUUGCGAUCGUGCUUCAGUAUCCGAAUUUGAAUGGCGGUGGGGCCGCCUUUGUGAUCUCACCCUCAAAAGAGUUACCAGGAGGUCAACUAGGCUCAUUCAUGGGCAUCUUCAAUAAGAAGAACGUUGGCAAUUCGUCGAAUCACAUAGUUACUAUCGAGCUGGAUACGUACUUUAAUCCAGACUACGGUGAUAUCAAUGACAACCAUGUUGGAAUCAACAUCAAUGGCUUAGUUUCCAACGUAUCCGCUCCUGCAGCUUACUUUAGUAAUAUGAGCGGUGGGUUUAAGAAUUUAAGUCUUGUAAGCGGAGAACCGAUGCAUAUCUGGGUAGAAUACAAUGGUCUCCAAAAUCAACUCAAUGUAACAUUAUCUCCUAUCAACUCACCUAAACCUGAUCGUCCACUCUUGUCAUGGACAGUGGAUCUUUCAUCGAUCAUGAUCGACGACAUGUAUAUUGGUUUCUCUUCAUCAACGUUGUCGGCUCCAACAUCUAAUUACAUCUUGGGAUGGAGCUUUAAGAUGAACGGUCAAGCUCAGGCCCUUGAUCCCUCACGCCUUCCUAAGCUUCCACGGAUAGGACCCAAAAAGAAACCAAAGCUUUUAACAAUAGGGUUACCAGUGAUUGUGCUAUUUUUCACCUUAACAGCCAUCUCAACCAUCGGUCUCAUCGUGAGAAGGAAGAUCAAGUUCACUGAAAUAUUAGAGGACUGGGAACACCAAUAUGGGCCCCACCGGUUCUCGUACAAGGAUCUAUUCAUGGCCACUAAGGGCUUCACAGACAAAGAGCUCCUGGGGUUUGGAGGUUUCGGGAGGGUUUAUCGAGGAAUUUUAUCGGACUCGAAGAUGGAAGUGGCUGUGAAGAGAGUCUCUCAUGAAUCUCGACAAGGGAUGCGAGAAUUCAUAUCUGAGAUCGUGAGCCUGGGUCGCCUCCGUCACCGGAACUUGGUGCAACUUCUCGGCUAUUGCCGGCGAAAAAGAGAACUACUGCUGGUCUAUGAUUUCAUGCCCAAUGGAAGUCUGGACAAGUUCCUCUUUGACCAUCCAAAAUCAAUGCUGAGCUGGAAUCAACGGUUUCGGAUAGUCAAAGGAGUAGCUUCAGGGCUUCUUUACUUGCACGAGGAAUGGGAGCAGGUGGUUCUUCACAGAGACAUCAAAGCCAGCAAUGUUUUAUUAGAUAGAGAGAUGAACGGUAGAUUGGGCGACUUCGGACUUGCCAGAUUGUACGAUCAUGGGACCGAUCCACAGACGACCCACAUGGUUGGGACCUUCGGAUAUCUUGCACCGGAGCUGACUGGGACUGGUAAGGUCACUACAAGCACUGACGUGUUCGCAUUCGGAGCUUUCAUGCUCGAGGUUGCUUGCGGGAGAAGGCCCAUCAAUCCACGAUCGUCAUCGGAGGAAAUGAUCUUGGUCGAAUGGGUAUCAGAAUGCUGGAGGAAAGGGACAAUUCUGGCGGCUGCAGAUCCGAAACUGGGGCUGGACUUUGAGGUUGAGGAGAUGGAGUUGGUGAUGAAGCUUGGAUUACUGUGUUCUCACCCUUCUUCGGCUGAGAGGCCGACCAUGCGGCAAGUAAUGCAGUUUUUGGACGGCGAUGCUCCUUUACCUAAGCUCUCAUGGCACGGUCUUGGAGCAGCGAUUCUGGCGGUGGGCCAUCUUAAAGGGACAGAUGAUCUACGCUUGUUGUAUCCUUCUUCUUUUGAACAGGGGUUCGCAAGCACAUCAUCGGUGAUGGAAUCAGUCCUCUCCGGUGGCCGUUGAUGGACGAUGGUAAGGAGUUACACGACGGUGCGAGUUUGCUAUGCUAUAAGGAAUCGGUGGGGCGCGGCUUCGGUGGAUCCCCAGAUCCCACCUUGGUAUGUGCUUUACAUCCACGACGCCCAUUCGUUUUUGACAUCUUAUUUUAGGGAAUGAUCCGAAAAUUAAAGCAGAUCCAAAUAUCUGGUGGACCACACCAUAGGAAACAGUGGUGAUUGACCACUGAAAACUUCUUGUGGGCACUGAAGUUUUGGAUCAAGCUGAUAUUUGUGUGGUCACUUCAUUGAGGUCUUUGUGAUCUUAUCAACGGGUUGGAUGGCAAGAAAAAUUCCAGUGUUCUCCACGAA